CAUAAGUUAGGGAAUGUAUUAGUUUUGUGUAAUCACAGGAAUAUCUUUGCGUCAGAGCUGGAACAAUUACGGAAUUCACUGAAUGAUGGAUUAGGGUCUGCGGAAAUAAUAUCUAUCAGUGAUUACUUGCCAGAUGAUUCGAAUUCCCGACUUAAGUUAACCUCUAGAAUUUCCAAUCAUAUACGCGUUAUUUUACUUGACCUAAUUUCUUCACAUGAGACGGUUGUCUUUUUUAUCUCAGCAUGCACUUCAAACUUAUGUGGCUGCUUGCUAAACACUCCUGAGUCAGAUCUAAACCCGGAAACUGAUGUUUCAAGGUCGUCCUUCAGACUCAGUAUUUCCGAAAAAUGCUGCUGGAUGAUCGAGGAACUGUACAAACCCUAUUCCAUAUAUGAAUUAGCCGCUCUUUUUGCUGGUGGAGUUAUGCCAAGUGCUUCUAGGUGCAAGCAUGUGUUCUAUUUUUUCAAGAGAUCAUUGAUAAACAGUAAAGAGUCACUGAAGCGACUGGAUGAACUGAAAACAUUACUUUCCAAUAAAGGAUUAAAUGUAUACGAAUAUGAAGAUUACAAAUCGAUUCGAUUUAUUAUGAUGAAUGAGAUAAUCAAGUUGAAACAGACUUUGACAUUAAGAUUACCUAAUUCUGAUGAUAUGCUGAAUAGUGAACAAAACUCAGAAUAUAUUUCAUCAAGGCAAUUAAAUGAAUUAGAGGAUAUUUUAGACCAAUUCUGUUUAUCUGCUUUCACAGAUAAAAGUGACACAGAGAUUUCAAUGGAUUCUAUACUAGAUUUGUAUAAACUUGAAGAUUGGAGCUCUAAACUUAAAAGAAGUAAUCAAAGAUUUAGACAUAUUAAUGAAAACACACAACGCAGUUUAUCAGAUAAUCGAAUUCUUUUAUUAACUGGUCAACCUGGUGUAGGAAAGUCACGAUUUUUAAUGAAUUGGUUGGAUAAACGCAAGCUGAAUGGCUUUAACACACUGAACUCUGGUGAUAAUAAAUUAACUACACAGAUAACUAUUAAAACUCCCAGCGAAAUUGAUCAUAGCGGAUAUAAAUUCAAAAAUGAAUCAAGUAUUAUUGUUAUUGAAGAAUUUAUAGAAGCAAAUAAAUGUAAUUCAGAUAUAUGGCAAUUAUUAGAUGAUUUAAAUUCGAAGGCGAGAAAGGCAAGGUGUAAAGGUGAAGAUUUUACUCCUAACUUGGGAACUACAUUGUCUGCGUUAACCAGUGAACAAGAAGAUUUUGAAAGAGCACGUCAACUUCGACAACUUGGUUCUCGUUUCUUUGCUUCAUUGAAUCCGAAUGCAUCAUAUCACAAGGGAUCAUAUCCACCAAUUGUAGUUAUUAUAGAUGGUAUGGAGUGCCUUGAAGAUCCAUUAGCCAAAACACCUGAAGGAGUUAAAUGUAUUGACUGGUUAUUCAGUUGUCAUGUAAAGAAUGCAGAAAUUAAUCUACUUGACUAUGGAGUAAUAAAAGCCAAUGGACUGCCGAUCGUUCCCCAUCGAACUCGUUUCAUUCUUACCUGUUCUUCAUCCCAUUAUAUAAGUCAUCAGUUAACUAAAUGUCCAUUUAUCACUACUAUGGAAUUUCCAAUGCAUUUCAAGCAUAAAGAAGCCUUGCUACAUGCUAAGCCAGAACCAACAACAAUUGGAAGUCUUGAAGAGGCUUCAGAAACUGCCAAAGAAGAAACAGAGAAACAAAACACUUAUCAGUCAACAAGCUUAAUUUCAUUAUUUCCUAAUCUAUUCAAUAAUGGUGUAUAUCACAACUUUGGAGAUCCAGUGAAAGUCAGGCAUCAAGAGAAAUCAUUCUCAUCAGUUUCUAACAAUACUGAAAUGAUAGAAACACAUUUAAUGAAUCCUAUUCUUGUAAAAUUAUAUGAAAAUUGGUGUCUAAGACAUAAUGCUCUUGCACGGAAUCUAUUUAUUCAUGAACUACAAGCAGUUCUAUACAAUUCUAAUUCAUCGCCUGGUCCAGAAGAAAUGUCAAAUACUGACGAUUAUAUUGAACGUUUAUUAGCUACUCAAUCAGUUAGACAAUUAAUCUUAUGCUUAUUACAUAGAUGGUCAAUUGAAUUUGAAUGUUAUGUAAUCAGUGUGGAAGAAGACAUGCUGCAUCUGUCAUCCUCAUCUGCCUCAUCGUCUUCAUCCUCGUUAUCAACAACUUUAAUAGGCUCAAAUGUUGUAAAGGGUGAUAUUUCUCAUCAGUCAUUAUCACCAGCGAAUAAUAGUAAUCAUGCUGAUGAUGAGCAGGAGGAUAAAAAGUCCAGUGAAGUACACAAUAUUGACUUUAAGUCUUUAACACGAAAAGCUAUGACGCAACUAUCCAAAGAUUGGACUAUUGGUUGGGUUGGAAUUGUAUUCCAUACAAUAUUAGCUGCUUCUAAAUUUACCUGGUCUAAAGAAGAUUUAUAUUCAUGUGAAGAUGAAUUGUAUGGUUUCAAAUUUCAAGAUAUUUUAUAUAUUCUAAAUCAUAUCCAUUUAUCUGAGACAUGGGUCAAUCAGUGUAUCCUACCGUCGACAGUAUUAGCUUUACAAUCACCUCUGAUAGGCUUUUAUUGUUUACGUCUUUUUCACCGUGCUGGUGUUUUUUCAUCGAAAACAGGGGGUGCAAUCUUGCGUUCAACUAAUCUUCAUGGCUAUCUGAAAUUUAAUCAUGAUAUAAUACAUUCAGUGAUGCGACAAAUGCUUGCACGUGAUAACAGUGCUACUGGUGUUCAACUUCCACUGCCUACUACAGCAUAUAAAUGGUGUAAAGAUACUACUGAUACGACUGAUAAUACCUUAUCAAGUAUAUUGAUGAAAAAUUAUCCAGAAAAGGCAUUGCCUACAUCUAGUCAAUCUCUUUCAUCACAUUCACUCUCACUGAUUGAAGAUAAUCUAUACAAAUCAAAGCCUAAGAUCACUUUUCAAAAAAUUGGACAUAAAAUUCAAGCUAUUCUUUCGCUAACAGAAUCUGGUAAUACUGAAUUAUAUGGGAGUAAUGAAAAGAAAUCUACCAGUCUAAGGAUUAAUAACAAUGACUAUGAUCAUGAUGAUGCUGUUAACGACAAUAAGCAUCCUAUGUUAGUACAAGUUAUACGCGAACGUGUAGUUUCAACAUUUAAGCCUACUUUACACAUGAUACCUGAUAUCUUUCAAAUUUUACUCAAAUCCAAUGAGCUAUUGUCAAGUAUGAAUUCAAAAAAUCAAUCUAUAAGUGUUUAUCGUUCCAACACUCGUCAUUUGAUUUUAUCAGUUGAAGUAUUGAACAAGCUUAUUAGACAAUUAUCGAAUCGUAGUUUAACGCACCUCUUUAUAUCACGAUUAAUCAGUACACAAAUUGAAAUGUUAUCUAAAGUGAAUCAUUUAAUUGGUGUUAAAAUACUAUUGAAUAACAUAGAAUAUAUUCUGCUUCAUCCAUGGUUUCUUCUGUGUUAUGCUUUUCCAGCAUAUGAAACUGAGAUAUUUACUGGUUCUAUUCUAAAUGCCCACCUGUUAGUUAGAUUUUGGCAAUUUAUUCAACAUUCAUUACAGUUGAUUCAUAAAAAGUCGAAUGAGAAUACUGACUCUAUACUAUUAUCAUCAUCAUUAUCACCAUCAUAUAAUGAUACUACUGAUAUUACUAAUUCAGUAACGACAACAACACCUACAAUUAAAUCUACUACUACUACUACUGCUACAGAUAAUACUAAUAUUAAUAACAGUAAUAUGAGUGGAAAUACAAGUAAACUGAAUGUAUUAGCUCAAUCUGCCUUUUAUUAUUUGCAGUAUAAAGAUAACGCCAAAGAAAAUACCGAUGCUGCACCAAAUAUGUACAGUAAUUCUGUUCAACUUUAUGAAUUACCCGGGGAAAAUAAUCUGGAAUCAGUUAUAUGGAUUAUUGGUGAAUUAAUGUAUUUCAUAGGUAAUGAAAAUGAUUCACUUAAGAUAUUAUCUCAACUUGCUGAAUACUUUCUACAACAUGAAACUCUGAGUAAAGCUGAUGUAAUACAAUUGAGUUAUUUAGGAUUAAGCAUUGUAAAGAAGCUUCGUUAUCUAAGAUGUGAGAUGGAUGAUGAGUCUUUCGACGAUAAAAUAAUGCUCUAUCACUCACUUAUGCAUGAAAUUGAAUCAAAAAUUAUGGAAUGGAAGAAAGAAUCAUCAACACUUUUUGAUACAGGAGAAUGCGCUGUUGUAGAACAGAGAAUCUGCACAGCUUUAGCCUACUUAAAACUGUAUCAGCUGGAAUCGAUUAUCGGUGUUACAAAAAAUAGUAAUGAACAAUUGAAUUUAUUUGAAUAUCAAAUUAAUCAGUCAAUAGAAAGUGUAAAACAACUGAGUGAUCGACAUGUUGAUAAGCUGUUGUCAGCAAUGAGUAAAUAUCUUUUAGCCAAAUUAAGGCUUAUACAAAUGAAAAUGAAUGAAUACGAAUUUCUACUGAAACAAGCUAUAAGUGAAUGUAUCUCCGAUUAG